CGUUGAAUAAUAUUUAAAUAAACUACAGAGAAGUAUUAGUGUAAAUACUAAAACAGUAAGUAGUGCAUUUAACUUUCGACAGUUACAGUAUUUUAUGAAUAUUGAGAAUUAAGUAUAAGUCAUAACUAUGUCUAAAAUGGGUAUAACAUGGUUUUUUGUAUUAUUAAUAUCAUUCAGUUUGUGUAAAGCUGAAGAUGGUACAACGAUAAAGAAACCUAUCAAUUUAUCUAUGGUUGAUAGCGAUGAAUAUGUGGGCCUUUUGGAAAAUAGUUCUAAGUCUACACAGGAAUUUUUGAUGUGGAUUAAGGAAAAUAUUCAAGAUAAUAUUCAAUGUACAGAUAUUGGAAUCGAUUCAAUGAAAUGCGAAACUGAGGGAGGAUCAAACAUUGAAACUACAUUAGAAGUUUGGAAUCGAUUACCAUCAUCUAUACGAGAUCAGUGGGAUAUAACUACCAUAAGUAAUAAUUCACAAGAUAUUAUCAACUUUACUACCGAUUAAUAAUAAAGAUAAAACAUCCGAAAUAAAUAAUAUUGUUAUGAAUUAAUUUUUAAAAAUAAACU